UAAGUACAUAUUUGAGGUAUAUAUAAAAAAAAUUAUUUGCCUGCUUUUUGCUCCAGUUUGGUUUGGCUAGCCAUAUCCUCUUUAUUUAUCGUUACCGACGACAACCACCGGAUAUAUACGCUCGUUCGCCAGCGGCACACAGCGCACGCCAUUAAUUUUUAGGUGAAACGUUAGAAAUUUAUCAUCAGUCGACUGACACAAAUGACGGAGGAUAGCUUCCCCAGGGUUUCGUCCUCUGAAUCGGCUUCGUCAACUGAUCCUUCAAUUUCCAAACAGAGGAAAAAAAGGAAGUGGGAUCAGCCUGAAGAGUCAUUGGUUUCAGCUGGAGUAUGCCAGCCUCCUAUUCUUCCUUUCACAAACAUUGGAUCUUUUGUUGGUAUGGCACUACCCAGCAUAGGCUCAACAUGUGGCACUCUUUUAGCCACUCCCCUCACAGCCAAUGGUGCAUCUGUAGUGCAGCAACACACGACAAAAAUCCAGGACGAGGUGAUUGCAAGAGAGAUUGUCAUAAAUGAUGCUGACUCUGCUGUUCGAUACAAACUCACAAAGCGCCAAACCCAAGAAGAGAUUCAGAAGAGUACAGGUGCAGUGGUAAUAACUAGGGGCAAGUACAUGAUUCCUAGUGCACAACCUGAUGGUGCAAAACCUCUAUAUCUUCAUAUUUCUGCUGGAGCACAUUUAGAAACAACAGUGGAGAGGAUCAAAGCAGUUGACCAUGCAGCGUCACUUGUGGAGGAAAUAUUGAAAGAGGGUUCAUCAAACAAUGGGUUGAAGCAGGCUAAUCCCUCCAUGAGUACCUGUGUCUAUGUGGGCUUUGAGGUUGAUGCAUCCUUGAACAUUUCUGCUCGUAUUCGAGGACCAAAUGACCAGUAUAUAAAUCACAUUAUGAAUGAAACAGGAGCAACUGUUGUGCUAAGAGGUCAAGGUUCAGAGGGUUCUGGAACUGUACAUGGUGAAGAUGGACAUCAACCGCUGCAUUUGUUCCUAUCGAGCAAUAAUUCAAAAAGUCUUGAGCGUGCAAAACUUUUGGCAGAAAAUUUGCUGGAUACUAUAUCUGCGGAGUUUGGUGCUUCUAGGGUGUCUUCUUGUAAAGUGUAUGGAGCUGUUCCUCCCCCACCGCAGCUAUUAGCUGGAAGUAAUAGUUUGGGAGAUGAGUUGAAAGUAAAUAAUUCUCAAGAUGCUAAUUUAAGUUCUGCAAGUGUGGGUGUGUCUGUACCAGCUGUUCCUUCUGUGGCUCCGGGUAUGGACAUGAAUGUUUCUCAAGGAAUUGUACCCCAGUCUUUAGGCUCAUUCAUUAUGCUGCCAUCUCAAUCAAACACAAAUUACUACCCCCAUACGCCAAUCUUGAGUGGAACGAGCUAUAUGGGUUACGGUGGGAUUUAUCCCCAAGUCACACCCUUACAACAAGUUGCCUUAGCCCUUAGACAGUCGAUCUCUAAAACAGCUGCAGGCUCCCCAGAAUCAACAACUAGCACCAGACCCCUGACUACUACGACAUCCUUUAUUCAGAAGGAGCACCCCCCACAUAAACGCAAAUUCAGAGAGUUACCAACUAAUAUAAUGGUCGCAUCAAAUCUUAAUCAGGGUUUUAUGAACUGGGAGCUGCAUGGAAUUGCUGCAUGUUAUCUCAAUAAUCUUGGUGGUGCUAGAGCAAAAUUUAUACUAACCAUGCUCUGUUGAUGAACAGGCCUUAUGGCCCAUUAGCAGCUGCUUAAAAUAGCAAAGAAGUUACAUACUUCUCUUUUUUAAUUGUCAUUAACACAGAUUUUUUUUUUAAUAUUAGAUAAUUGAAUUUUAAUCUCUGAAGUUUUUCCUACCCUUUUCCGUGCAUAAUAUGAAAAGAAUUACUCCCUUCGUCCCAUUUGAUUAGAUAUGCUUAUUAUUUUAAUCACCCCAAAAUUAUGUUCAAUUAUCUAAUUUCUACUAACUUUGUGGGCCCAUGUUGCUUUGCCUCUAUUAUGAAGGUUAAUAUUGCAUAAUUAUUAUCUGGUCUUAACAUAUCUGUCAAAGGAAAAUGCAUCUUACAUUGUGGGUACACAGGUAGUACAAGAAGUUCCAUACUUUACUAUUCCCUUAAAAAGAGAAUGCUUAUUCCCUAUCUUGUGCUACCUCCAUUCCACAAAGAUUAGCCACAUUUGAUUUAUAACAUGGAAACUAAAUCUAUAUAUUUUAACUAAGAUAUAUCUAUUAAAAACAACGGUCAAAAUUCAACACCUUUCAUCUUCAUGGGCAUUUCUAGUCAACUGUGUUGCAGUCAUUAGGUUGAGCAUUACACAAGGCUCUGUUCUUUAUAAUAUGCUCAUAUAUGAAUUUCGUCCCUAAUUAUGAGAUAUCUAUCUUCCAUGUUUUAGCAUGCUGAUUUAAGCAUUGUAUCGUGUGAUUCAAAUCUCUUUAUACAUCUCUCCAAACUUGUUGGCACUCCAUGAUUGUGGUAGUCAACCCACUGCCUGGGAGCAGGAACUUCUGAUAAUGUUUAAGAGAGAGUUAGCUGAUUGUUAUAUAUGUCUUGCACAUUAGAUGUAAUUUUUCUUUAAUUACUUAGGAUUCUGUAUUGGGUUUUCUUGUAAAAUCAUAUGCAGGAAGUGCUGGCUCCAAAGGCUCAGGAUCUAACUGGUGUUAGAGAUAAUACUACUAUUCCUGGCACAAAGGUGUGCCAACCACCUUCUAAUUUAAUGCCACCGCCACCUCCUCCUCCCAAGAUGAUGCCAAUGACUCCUCCACCACUACCGAAGUUUAAUUCUCCAACCUCUAAAGUGCACGGGAUAAACAAUACGCCUCAAAGGCCAUCCUCAGAAAAUAUUCCUGAUACUCUAGUGAAGCUAAUGGAAUAUGGGGAUGAUGAUGAAGAUGAUGACAUUGAGGAUGGUGUUGCUGGGGAGAGAUUGCAGGGGAAAUCAAUUGUACCAGAGGGUCCAAAACCAUUCUGGGCUGUUUAAAGAUGCUAAUUCGUCCCGUGGAACUCUCUGCUCUCUAAUUGAUUGUUAAUGAAUCAUUUAUUAGGGUGACAUUUCAAUGUAUUGACCCACCCGGAUAGCAAUGGCAUGAUUUCAUCUUAGAGAGAGGGGGGUUGACCCCCAAACAUGGCGGGAGGUGAAGAGGUUGCCUUACUUAGGGAGGACUGUUAUCAUGCUUUUUCCAGGAGGGUCACCCUACUGCUUGGAGUUAGAGGCAACUCAGUAAUACUGCAAAUUUAUUGCUUAAUUGUGCUGGUAGUACUUGAAGACUACUCCUUCAAUGUUUUGCAUGGGUUAUAAAACUGGACAUGCAAACGGUUGUACAGUGUUUGAUGGCCUAGUGAUUUGGUUGAAUUACAAGCAUUAAUAUUUUUUCAGCGCAGUAUUUAAUCCCUCUACUCUAAUUGUGUUCAAAUUAGUCGGACAUCUACUAUAAUUUGGUACGAUCAAGGACAAUUAUUUACGCCAUAAUGAUAUUGGGGGUGUUAGGCAAUGGUUGUUGGCUAAUGCUAGCUGUUGGCUGUUUUAAUUAGUUGAUUGGUGACAAUUUUGUUGAAUGUUUUG